UUAUGCACUGUAUGUUGCAAGUGUUUUGAAAAAGAAGGCUUUUCCUUGGCAUAACAAAGAGUCAGCUUUCAUGACAAGCUGACAUAAUACGGGUGUGAAUCACGGACUAAUGCUGCUCUUCUUCCUUCCAUUCUUUUCCUCUUUUCUCCCUGCCUUUCCGCUCCUCUUCACCACACACUAUCCCUCACUGCCACGCUCACGGCGCUCCCUGCCUUCACUCUGUCCGCCACGCCUUCCAUUCACAGUUACGUACGUGACAAAUAUUUCCAUCAAUCAGAACUUUACCUUCGUGGCCUCGUACCCUUGCAUGCUGAUUAUGGAGAGGUACCCAUUCGGCAAGUACGAGUGUAACCUCACCUUGACAUUCGAGGAAAAAGACCUUCAUUGGAGCGAAGAGAACUACCAAACUAUUAAAUACUCCGGCGACCACGACCUCCUGGACUACAGACUGGAGAAGAUAACCUUGUAUGCCAAGAAGGAAGAGUUGACUAUCACGCUGCACCUGAUUGGCCAGCCCGAGUACCAUCUAAUCAGCAGCUUCCUCCCUAGUACCCUCAUGCUCAUCAUCUGUUAUUCCUCGUUCUACUUCCCCAUCGUGGAUUUUAACGGAAGAAUGCACGUCUCGCUAACAUCUCUCGUGGUUCUUCUGGCUUUCUUCUCCCAGGCAACGAAUUCCUACGUGAAGACACCUUAUUAUAAACUCAUCGACGUGUGGUAUGUGCUGCUCGUCUGGCUGUGCUGCCUGGUGGUCAUCGCUAACGGCAUUGUCAAUUCUCUGAGGGUGCAGCGCGUCAAGACACACACCGAGCUGACCAAGAAAGUGUUGAGGGCGAAAAAGUUCAACAUCGGAUGCAUGAUUGUUAUGCCUAUCUUGUUUGGACUUAUAGUGUUUGUGUUUGUGCUGUUUGCCAUGCACGCUAUCUGA